GGCAGACUUCAACUGUGUCAGUCGUAUCCGGCAUUUUGCACACUAUGAAGCUACUCACGUUGGUGGUGCUGCUGUUCUCCGCCAGCAUUGUCUGCCGGGCAGUGCAACAAAAAUUCGAUAACUACAAACUCUACACACUGUAUGUGGAAGAUGACGAACAGGCGGAAGAACUGCACAACUGGUACACCAACGGAAACCUUGACUUCUGGAGCUACGGUACACUGAACGACAGUGUAACGGUUAUGAUUAGUCCCGGGCUGCAGGAAUACUUCGAAGCAAUGCUGGAUGACGUUCAGCUCGAAUCGGAACUGGUGGAAGAGAACGUACAGUCGUUGCUGGAGCAUGAGCAGGAACAGCGCAGCCUGAACAGCUUGAGCAAGCGCAGACGUCCACAGAAACAGCCGCAGAAGCCAAUAAGCACCGACGCCGACGAUGAGGAUGCGAUCGAUUUUAACCACUUCUGGACGCUAGACGAGAUCUAUCGUUAUAUGGAUCGUAUGGAGAAAACUUACCCAAAUUUGGUGCGCAUGAUGACGAUCGGUCAAACGUUCGAGAAUCGUUUGAUCUUGGCGAUCACCGUUUCGAGGGAUGGACGGAUCAAUCAAACACGACCGGUGGUGUUGGUGGAUGCGGGUGUGCAUGCACGUGAGUGGGCUUCGCACAUGUCGGCCGUGUAUCUGAUACAUCAGCUGGUGGAGUAUGCGGACAAGAAUGAGGAUCUGCUGUACAAUACUGAUUGGAUUAUUGUACCGGUGGCGAAUCCGGAUGGAUACGUGUACUCAUACGAGACGAAUCGACUGUGGCGCAAGAAUCGUUACGCCGACAAUGUGCUCUGCACCGGUACGGAUGUGAAUCGUAACUUCCCAUUCCGUUGGAGUUACACCUCUCAUUCCUGCACGGAUGGCUACGCCGGAAAAUCGCCCGGUUCGGAGAAGGAAACCCAGGCCUUGAUGCUCCUCAUGUCCCAGUUCUCACACAGCAUCAAGAUGUAUCUGUCCGUGCACAGCUGCGGUGAUUACAUCCUGUACCCGUACGGUUUUGCCUACAAACCCGUCCCGAAUUCGCAAGAUCUCUACGCACUGGGCUUGCAAGCGGCCGAAGCCGUAAAAAAUAUCGGCGGACCUGAGUAUCUCGUGGGUCAAGCUUCCGGAUUACUGUACUUAGCUACCGGUAGCGAUGACUUCAUCUACGGUGCGUACGGUGUUGAGUAUGCGUACACGCUCGAGCUGUCAUGCGGUGAUCGUGGUUACGGGUUCAUCAUUGAGUCGAACCAAAUCGAAACGAUUGCAACGGAAACGUUUGAGAUGUUCAAGGUGUUUGGCAUGCACGCCGGCAACCAGAAGAUUAGCAAGCGUCCAUUUUAG